AUGGUAGACAGCAGAGGACAGGAUAAAGCCAGCGACAGCAAACGCAAUAAUGACAACACGCACAGGGAGAUUAUGCUGGCCGGUGCCUUUGCUGCGUUCACCGUCGACCUGCUGGUCUACCCACUGGACACGAUCAAGACGCGCAUGCAGAGCCGCGACUACAUCAAGACCUAUGCAGAAACAUCGAAUGCAUCAUCCAAGCCGAUUGCGACGGCCAAGGCAUUUCGGCGUGUCACAGCACCGUCGGCAUAUGCACUCCGCGGGCUGUACCAAGGAAUCGGGACUGUUAUUUUGGUCAACCCUCCCCGCUAUUGUUACUGGGCGAAACGGAUCGUCGGCAGUGCCCUCCCAGCAGCCACGAAUGCAAUCGCCCCGGGAUCACAGCCUCCGGCGGCGCUCAUCCAUGCUCUCUCGUCGGGAAUGGCUGAGCUGGCCUCGUGUCUGGUGCUGACCCCCGCCGAAGUCAUCAAACAGAACGCCCAGAUGAUCAAGAAAAGCAAGGCGACAGCAAGCGGCGGGUCCAAACUGUCGUCGGCCAGCACGUCCCUCCAGGCAUUUCGCAUGCUGGCCCAUGCCGAGGGCGGCGCGGUGCGUCGGCUUCUCGCCGGCUACACGGCCCUGGCCGCGCGCAACCUGCCCUUUACGGCACUGCAGUUUCCCAUGUUCGAGGCGCUGCGCGCACGCUUCCGUCGACGGUGGGCCGGCGUGGACAGCAGCGACCCGACCAGCAGGAACCACCUCUUGUUCGUCGGCGCCGUCAACGGGUUCAGCGCGGGCACGUCGGGGGCUGUGGCCGCUGUCAUCACGACGCCCUUGGACGUGGUCAAGACGCGCAUGAUGCUGUCGCCAUACGACGAUGAUGCAGGUAAGAAGAAGACCGAGGACAAGACGAACGAGAAGAACAAGCCGCCCAAGGCAAAACGAUUCAGCGCCGUACAGCUGGCACGCCGCAUCUACCGCGAACACGGCAUUCGAGGUCUGUUCAGAGGCGGCGCAUUCCGGGCGGGCUGGACAUUUGUCGGCAGUGGGCUGUACCUAGGUACAUACGAGGUCGCCAAGGCGUAUCUGCGUGGUGGCCGACAGGAGGGAGACGGUGAUGGCGGCAUUUGA